AAGCAGCAGGUCAUUUAAUAACUCAGAAAUCUGGGAAGGAAAACUCAUGAUGCAGGAAACAUCGGCUGCCACUUUGAGGAAUUGAAUGAAAAACCAUCUCUCCUUUCUAGUCUUUAAGAUAGUCGAUGAUAAAGAAUUUUACGCCAACGGGAUCGUCAGUCAGCAGCUGUUUCAUUGGGAUGGGAUUCCGAUGCCAGUCCUGGUAUAUUGUGAGCUCAAAUGGAGGUCGAGUCUGUGCCAUGAUAGCAGGAGAAGGAAGUAGGCUCUGGCACAAAGGAUUAAAGCUUGGAUGGUGUACCGUUCAACAAUCAGAGCACAUGCCUGUGAAAAUUUAUAUGCAAAAGCAAACCGAUGUAUCAUUUGAUCCUCUUGCAAGAUGCUGCUAGCAAGACUUCAUCUUCUCUUGGUCGCUUCAAAUUGGCACUUGUGUAACUGCAUUUCGGAUGCUAGAAAUACUCGCUGAGUUUUCGUUUCCUCUUCUGCUUAUAUCUGUCACAUAAGUCCAUAGGUUCAAUAUCUGUUUACACCCAUUUUUACAAAACAAAAAAAAUAAAAUGAUGCCAUGUGUAAUUCAUGUUGGCAGGUAUUUCAUUGGUUAAAAGUUGUUGGUGUAAAUCUCUCUAAAUAAGGUUUAGUGGUUAUUUCUACAACGACAGUAAAGUUGUUCGUUUGUUGCGACUUCUAGGAGGAUAAUCGACAACAUCAACAGAAUAAUCGGUUUAUUUCAGA